UUACCAAUCGACGCACACAAUCGCAGUGGCGCUCGCGAGGGGCGAAACGCACGAAUCCGAUCACUCUCACGCAGUAGUUUGGCUACGAGAGUCCGAGGUUCGAUCGCGAGGGAGUGCGAGGAGGAGGUGAAAUCGGCGAUGGAAGAGGAGCUCCGAUCGUUGCUCCAGGAUCUCGAAUCCUUCAAACUAUCUACGAGCGAUCGCCCCGAUCUCGUAGAUCAGAUGAAGCAGCGGGUGGUUAGAAUUGGGGAUCUGGCGAAGCCGGGUGCUGGGAAGAGAUCAAAAGUGAAGGAUAUGAGUGCAGAGGUUGUGGACAGCAACCCCUACAGUAGGCUGAUGGCGCUUCAGAGAAUGGGGAUCGUAGAGAAUUAUGAGAAGAUCCGAGAUUUCUCGGUCGCCAUUGUCGGUAUAGGUGGUGUCGGUAGUGUUGCAGCUGAGAUGCUUACAAGGUGUGGGAUUGGACGCCUGCUGUUGUAUGACUAUGACACAGUGGAACUGGCUAAUAUGAAUAGGCUAUUCUUCCGCCCUGACCAGGUUGGAAUGACCAAGACAGAUGCUGCCGUGCAAACCCUUUCUGAUAUUAAUCCUGAUGUUGUUUUGGAGAGCUACUCUUUGAAUAUCACUACAGUAAAGGGGUUUGAGAUAUUUGUGGAGAGCCUUAAAGAGAAGCCUGGAAAGAGUGGAGUUGAUCUUAUUUUAAGCUGUGUUGAUAAUUAUGAGGCUAGGAUGGUUGUAAACCAGGCGUGCAAUGAGCUUGGCCAAACAUGGAUGGAGUCUGGUGUUUCGGAAGAUGCUGUUUCUGGUCAUAUACAGUUGCUUGUUCCUGGUGAGACGGCUUGUUUCGCAUGUGCUCCUCCUCUGGUUGUAGCAUCUGGAGUAGAUGAACGUACACUCAAGCGUGAAGGUGUAUGCGCUGCUUCUUUGCCAACUACAAUGGGAGUUGUUGCUGGUCUUUUAGUUCAGAACACCCUCAAAUACUUGUUGAAGUUUGGGCAAGUCUCUCCUUACUUGGGUUAUAAUUCACUUAAAGACUAUUUUCCAACUAUGCAAAUGAGGCCAAACCCACAAUGCUCAAACUCUGCAUGCGUUGAGCGGCAGAAGGAGUACAUUCAAUCAAAACCAGCUAGAGAUGCGGCAGCUAAGGCGAAGAUGGAAGCUGACGCGUCAGCAAAAAGCGAGGGCCCUGUUCACUUGGAUAAUGAGUGGAAUAUAAGUGUUGUUGACGAUAACGAGGUGGAUGUGCCAAACAGUAGCAACACAUCAGAUCGUCUUCCCGAUGGCCUUGUCCACGAGCUUCCUUCUGCCGAUAAAUACACGCAACCGCUCGUAGCAGAAGAGGCAAGCCCUAUCGCUGACGAUCUCGAGGAUCUCCAACGACAACUCGACGCCCUCAAUGCAUCUUGACCGUCCGAAAAAUGGAGGUUGCUUCUUCACUUUUCCAAUGUACAAUUAAUUGGACUCUUUUUAAUUUCACAUAUCAGAGGGAGUGCAGAGGCUAAUUUUGAUAUUAUCAUUGUUGUAACUACAAAUUAUUUGCUAGUGUGCUUGAAUUAGUGAGGAGGCUAAGUUAGUAUGUUCGGGAUUAAGAAUAUUUCUCGUGUUACAUUAACACUGUUUCGACAUUAUAAUGGUUUCAGCA